GCGAAAUAGAAAGUAGCGUGCUCCGUCUCCCCCGAGCUCUGGCCGCCAAGACUAGAGUGGUGUUAUAAGUGCAAUUCGAAUGAGAUUUGAUAUAACCAUACACAACUCAGGGUGAGAGAUGACGACUCGAAUCGCACCGGGAGUAGGAGCAAACUUGCUAGGUCAGCACGCCGCCGAGAGGAACCAAGACGCCACUGCUUAUGUCGGCAACCUCGAUCCUCAGGCGAGUGAAGAGCUGUUAUGGGAGCUGUUUGUUCAGGCAGGUCCUGUUGUUAACGUUUAUGUUCCCAAAGAUAGAGUGACUAAUCUUCACCAGGGUUAUGGGUUUGUUGAAUUUAGAAGUGAAGAAGAUGCCGACUAUGCUAUCAAAGUUUUGAACAUGAUCAAACUUUAUGGGAAGCCUAUACGUGUGAACAAAGCAUCUCAAGAUAAGAAGAGCUUAGAUGUCGGAGCAAAUCUUUUUGUUGGAAAUCUUGAUCCAGAUGUGGAUGAGAAACUCUUAUAUGAUACUUUCAGUGCAUUUGGGGGCAUUGCUUCAAAUCCUAAGAUAAUGAGGGAUCCAGACACAGGGAACUCCCGUGGAUUUGGUUUCAUCAGUUAUGAAUCUUUUGAGGCAUCUGAUGCUGCUAUCGAGGCAAUGAAUGGACAGUAUCUUUGCAAUCGUCAGAUAACAGUUUCAUAUGCAUACAAGAAAGACACGAAAGGGGAGCGCCAUGGUACCCCAGCAGAGCGGGUUCUGGCUGCAAGUAAUCCUGGUAUCCAGAAAAGCAGGCCACACACUUUGUUUGCAAGUGGACCCCCUUCACUUAACAAUGUUGCCCAGGCUAAUGGUGCCCCAGUUCCUCCACGUCCUUUUGCAAAUGGGGUUGUUCCUUCUGGCCAAAUUCCGGCAUUCCGUCCGCCACCGCCACAAGUCUUCCCACAAAUGCAAAUAUCUGGCCCGCCACCAUCAUGGCAGGGUCAUCAACAAGGCCAGACACUUGCACCACCUCCCAUGCAGCAGCCACCAAUGCAGCAUUACAGGCCGCCUCCACCUAACAUGCCACCACCGCCACAGCAGAUGGCUCAGAUGAUGAAUAGGCCUCCCCCACCUCCAGCUGCAAUGGGUGCCCCACAACAAUAUUGGAGGCAGCCUCCUCCCCCUCAGCACAUGGUUGGUGGACACCAUGUAAUGCAGCAAAUGUCCAUGCCGCCACCUCCACCACCUAAUGCACAGCCGAUGCCCCCUCCUGCAUCAAGUUGAAAUCCUGAAUUGGUUUAUGUGUUUCUAACUAGGACUUUAUAUACUUUUAUGUAUAUUUUUUUAAAUAACUGCAACUAUAUCAAUUGUAGAAUUUUUUGUUUGCAGCCUGGAUUAUAAUUUUAAUUUUAAGUACUUGCAGACUUUGAAA